CGUACGCAUGUUCAUUUGGUGUUGAAGCCUCGUGCACAACCUUUACACAUGUUCCGGACGAAAGCAGAGUUACUGGGGGCUAUUCGGGAUAUCAUCAAAAUUCAAAAGAUAGCAGUAGAAGAGAAGGGCAUUCUUCAUCGCAAUUGUAGUCUAAAUAACUCAAUGAUUGAGGAUGACGGUGAAGGACCGCACGGAACUUUAAUUGAUUGGGAGUUCGCCGUGUAUAUUGACCAAGGUCAAAAAUAUGCUAGAGGCGGGACGCAUGCCUCAAAUUCGCAUGCAAUUCCAGCUUGUCUCAUCAUACACCGCUAUGAAGAUGAUCUUGAAUCAGUCUUCUAUGUCUUCAUAUGGAUCUGUAUUGGAUACAGGGGUCCC